UUUAUCAAAACAUUAUUCCUUUACAGUUUACAGAAGCGGUUGUUACUUGUUGUGCCGGUAUUAUAAAUUCAUAAAUACAAGAAUGGCUACUCGCAAUAUCUUGAAACUGGGAGCUCUAGAGGCUCAGAAGACCGCGUUCCUACUAUGCGACAUCCAGGAAACGUUUAGACCACACAUAAAAUACUUUGGAGAAGUUGUUAAAGUCGCGAAUAAAAUGGUAGAAGCAGCAAAACACUUCAAAAUACCUGUAUAUGUCUCCGAGCAGUACCCAAAGGGUCUCGGUCACACCACGAAGGAUAUCAAUAUAUCUGAAGCAGCACUUGUCUACCCGAAGACUAAGUUCUCCAUGUAUACCCCGGAGUUGGAGGAGAAGUUGAAGCAGGACGUACCUGAUCUAAAAUCAGUGGUGUUGUUUGGUAUUGAGACACAUGUCUGCAUAGAGCAGACCGUGAUAGACCUACUGAGUAAGGACAUUGUGGUGCAUGUACUGGCUGAUGGAGUGUCUUCCCGGUCUCUACUGGACAGGGGACUGGCUUUGCAGCGUUUUCAAUCCAUCGGCUGCUUCGUGGGCACCUCAGAAAAUGUCCUCUUCAAACUAAUGAGGGACAAGAACCACCCUGUAUUCAAACAAAUAUCUAAACUAAACAUGGUACCUACCUCUGACGAAUUUGGAAUGGCACAGAAAAGUCAGAUCUAAUAUUCAUAUGAUUAAAGUGCAAUUUUGUAUGCAGUAAGUUGACAACAUUUAUAUGGUACAGGUGGUGAUGAGUUGAUUAAACACAUUUUGUUUACUAGAAAAAAUAAAUCGAAUCAAAAUAUUGUAUGAUGUCACGUUUUUAUACUUAGUUGUGACGUAACAAAAUCACUACUCCUUUAAAAUACUACGUUCGGUCAGUGUUCCAAAGUGGUUGGCCUCGGAGGCUUCUCCAUUUUUCGUGAAUCUUGGGCGGUUUCUCGUCAAUACCUUUAAAAUGGUAGCAUGCAAAAUAGUUUGAUAUUAGAUGCAAAUGUCUAAGGGCCAAUUUUUCCAACACUAGAUAAAUUUUAACUGAGGAAUACGUCAGAAUAUUUGACAAUUCUUCCAUACUA